CGUGUGUUUGGAGCAGCGGCUGGUGACGGCGCUCGGGGAGGCGCGGCGGCGGCAACCACCACCACCACCACCACCACAACUCCAGAGCCCAGAACCGUUAGAUGGCUCAGAGCAUGGACAACACCCUCGACAGCCUGGAUCUCUCCUCCGGGUUAAUCAUUGAAUUUUCUGAUAAUGGCACGGAUGAGAUUGGUUCAGGUGACUAUGAAGACUACAGAGAGCCAUGCUUUCAGCAUGAGAAUGCCGAUUUCAACCGGAUCUUCUUGCCAACAAUCUACUCCAUCAUCUUCCUAACAGGAAUAAUCGGCAAUGGAUUGGUUAUUGUUGUUAUGGGCUACCAGAAGAAACAAAGAAGCAUGACUGAUAAAUACAGGCUGCAUCUCUCUGUGGCUGAUCUCCUUUUUGUCAUCACCUUGCCAUUCUGGUCUGUGGAUGCGGCCAUAAGCUGGUACUUUGGGAACGUUCUGUGUAAGGCAGUUCAUGUCAUUUACACAGUCAACCUCUAUAGCAGUGUCUUGAUUUUGGCCUUUAUAAGUUUAGAUCGUUACUUGGCAAUAGUCCAUGCUACCAACAGCCAGCGACCACGAAAGCUGUUGGCUGAGAAGGUGGUGUAUGUAGGCGUAUGGCUACCAGCUGUGCUUUUGACGGUGCCCGAUAUAAUUUUUGCCAGUACUAGUGAAGUAGAAGGCAAGUAUCUAUGUGAUCGCAUGUACCCUCAUGAAAACUGGCUGAUUUCUUUCAGGUUUCAGCAUAUCUUGGUAGGACUUGUCUUGCCUGGUCUAAUAAUCCUGACUUGCUACUGUAUUAUAAUAUCUAAGCUGUCACAUUCAAAAGGCCACCAGAAGCGCAAAGCCUUGAAGACAACGGUUAUCCUCAUCCUUGCCUUCUUUGCCUGCUGGCUGCCAUAUUAUAUUGGCAUCAGCAUCGACACAUUCAUCUUGCUAGGAGUCAUCAGACAUCGUUGCAGCUUGGAGACGAUAGUGCAUAAAUGGAUCUCCAUUACCGAAGCCCUGGCAUUCUUCCACUGUUGCCUGAAUCCAAUUCUGUAUGCCUUCCUGGGUGCCAAAUUCAAAACAUCAGCACAAAAUGCCUUGACAUCAGUUAGCAGAGGAUCAAGCCUCAAGAUUCUUUCAAAAAGCAAACGUGGGGGACAUUCUUCUGUUUCUACAGAGUCUGAGUCUUCAAGUUUCCAUUCCAGCUAACGCUGCUCCUUGCCAUCAUUUUAUAAAUAGACACUUUAAAGUUGCGCAAGAUUUCAGAAAAACAAGACUGACCAUAAUGUACAGAUUUAUUUACAGUUGGAAUUUUAUAUUGUUUCUUUUAGUCUCCGUGAAGUUUAAUUGACUUAUUUAUAUAAAAAAGCUUUCAUAUUGAUGACAAACUGUCUAGGCAGGUCCUGUGGACAAGUGGUUAGUUCACAAAAGUUUUAGUGCUUGUCUGUAUGUAUAGAUAUGUGAACUAAACACUUCUGGAUUGUAGCAAAGUGACUGUUAAAAGUUUAGAAAAUAUUUCUCUGUUGUUUAUAUGUAAAUGUUUUCAGUGUUGCUGUUAAAUUCUUAAAAAUUUGGCUGGAGAUCUUUACCUUACUACAAGAUGUUUGGUUUACAAUAGCUUAACUCUGCUGUAGAAAUGGCACUUACAACCAAAGCCUCCUCUGUUAUAUGCUAGGGUUUUUUUCCCCAUUCUCAAUAAUUGAUGGUUUGCAAAAUUUUCUGUUCAAGGUAAAUAAAAGUAUAUGACAAAAAGU